AUGGGAGCCACUCCUUUCCACCCCUCGAUCCUCAAGGUCUGGCUCCCGAAAAACUUUGACAAGGCGACGGACAUGAGGUACGACGGGACUAAGGAUCCCCAGGAGCAUAUCACAGCCUUUGAAGCAAGGAUGAACUUGGAGGGAGUAGGCGAGGCGGUCAGAUACCGAGCAUUCCCUGUGACGCUAGCCGGCCCAGCGAUUCGAUGGUUCAACGCCCUCCCACAAGGAUCCAUCACAGCCUUCGCGGACAUCGCCCAAAGCUUCCUGGCUCGGUUCACAACACGCAUAGCCAAGGAAAAACACCCAAUCAACUUAUUAGGGGUUACCCAAAAGCCCGGGGAGCCGACCAGGAAGUUCCUAGACAAAUUCAACGAUGAGUGCUUGGAGAUCGACGGCCUUACGGACUCAGUCGCUAGUCUCUGCCUAACGAACGGCCUACUAAACGAGGACUUUAGGAAGCACCUCACUACUAAGCUAUCUGGUCCAUGCAAGAAAUCCAAAGCGUGGCCAAGGAAUACAUCAAUGAUGAGGAAGCCUAGACCAUUGAAAGAAAGAACGGGAGACAACAAAAGCCUUUACUGUGAUUAUCACAAGGGGUUUGGUCACAAAACCCAAGACUACUUCAAUCUCAAAGAUGCAUUGGAGCAUGCCAUCAGAGAAGGAAAGCUGAGUAAAUUCUCCCGGCUCAUAAGAGAACUGAGGAGACAAGAACAAGAACACUCCGAGAAAGAUCGUAGCCGAACUGUCAAGCCAAGGCAAGAACCCAUGGGGGAUGCCAAUAACCCCCAACCUUCAUGGUCAACAUCGUGGUCGGGCGUGACAGCCCUCCUAAAUCCAAAUCGGCAGCAAAGAAGGAUACCCGGCAAUGGUCGGAGCAGAUUAGUCAGACGAAUCCUCGUUGACAUGGGAGCUGAUUCUAAUAUACUAUUUAGAAACGUGUUCGACGCCAUGGGGCUCAAGGAAUCUGACCUCAAGAACCACCAGCACUGA